AGGAGAAGAGAGGAAGGGAGGGAGAUACUCUGACUCUCCACUCGCUGGUGCUCAGAGUCUCUCUUUCUACUUAGCUCUCCCUCCACUUUCCCUCUCACUACUAACCCACACCUGUACCUUCUCCCAUCUCCCUCCACUGCUUCCCAAACUCCUGCCCUGAUGAAGUAAUUCGUGGAGUGGCAGAAGGAGACUUUGAAUCGAUAGAAGAGCAGCUGUCAGCUACAGAGUUGCAACAGAGAAAAACGCUCGAGGGGGACAGAAACAGACGGAGACAGGCGGAGGAAAGGGAAAAAGCGAAGACUGCUCCAGGUGACCGAGUUGCAAUGGAGGCGCACAGCAUGCGUGAUUAGGGAGCUCCGCUUUGUGGAGGCGCCGGCUUUGUUCAGGUGGAUUACAAAAGUGAACAACCCUCACAACUGACCGGGGUCGUCUUUGUCCGUUUCACUUGAUCGGAUUUCCUUCAUAAUCAUGAAUGUGUCGCCGCCAGACCGCAGGAAAAACGUGCGAGAACUGGCUCUGGAGAUUGGCAUCCGAGUUCUGCUGUUCGGAGUUUUUGUAUUUACAGAGUUUCUGGAGCCCUUCGAGAGAGUGAUUCAACCAGAGGAGCUUUGGCUCUACAAGAAUCCUCUGGUUGAGUCAGACCACAUUCCCAAGAGGGUCAUGUUUGCAAUUUCUUUCCUUACCCCACUGGCGGUGAUAUUUGUGGUGAAGAUAAUUCAGAGGACGGACAAGACAGAGAUCAAAGAGGCAUGCUUAGCUGUGUCCCUGGCUCUUGCCCUAAAUGGAGUCUUCACAAAUACCAUCAAGUUGAUUGUUGGCAGACCCAGGCCAGACUAUUUCCAACGUUGUUUCCCAGAUGGCCAAGUGAAUCCGAAGAUGCUGUGCACCGGGGAACCUGAGCUCGUCUCUGAGGGACGCAAGAGCUUCCCCAGUAGCCAUUCCUCCUUUGCAUUUUCCGGUCUCGGCUUCACCUCCUUCUACCUGGCGGGAAAGCUCCAGUGUUUUACGGAUCAGGGUCGAGGGCGUAGCUGGCGUCUCUGUGCCAUGGUGCUGCCUCUUUACAGCGCUAUGAUGAUCGCAUUGUCCCGGACCUGCGACUACAAACACCACUGGCAAGACGCCUUUGUUGGAGGGGUGAUCGGGUUGCUGUUUGCGUACAUCUGCUACCGCCAGCACUACCCCCUCCUGCACAUGGAUUGCCACCUGCCUUAUGCCAGUCUGGCUGCUGCCACCCACACGCCCUCGCACCCUCAGGACGACCCGCAGCCCACCGACAACGCCACCACCCUGCCCCUGGAGGGGUUGACUGAAGGGCCAGUAUGACUAGUGGCCACCACCGAGACUCCCCCCAGCACCCUCACCAAGCCGCCAAGCCCACCUCCCCUCUCCUAGAGACCGACUGGGUCUUGUAUACAUUCCAGUGGACAAGAAAAACACCCAUUCCCAUACUGUUCCACCUGGUCUCGGUGACACCUACAUUCCUUUGUGUUUGUAUUUUCUUUUUCUUUUUUUUUUAAACCUGGUUCUUGCUCAGCAGCCAUUAAAGCCUAUAUUUAGAUGCGAUGUAUGAGAGGAAUCUUCGAAUAUGGGACAUCACCGCUGAGAGGGAAGAGAGAGAAAAACAUGUUGAAAACUUGAGGAAUCGUCUCACUAAUGGCUGCGAAGGAAGAUGAAAAUAUUGCCAGUUUUUGCUGGAACUUUUUUUUUUUUCGCUUAAUGAGAGAUAUGGUUGGCAGGUUGUUUUAUGCUGGAGUUUAUUUAUUGUUUGGCUGCUAAAGGAUUGGAAGAGACAGCUGGGGAGAUUAAAAAAAGAAAUCCCAUGAAAUGUCACAGCAAUUAAACCAUGAUACCAAACCAGACAAACUGUUAUGUAUAAGCCACACUUAGAAACAAAGUAUAGGAUUUGAUAGCAAGUAGUGUCGGAAAGAAAACGACAUCCUGCGUGUUUCAGUAAAACUAUAGAUGUAUGCUGCAUUUUUAGAGUAAACGUACGGCAGCACUGGUCUAGAUUCAUACAUAAUGAUAAAUAUAAAACCAAUACAUUCUUGUAGAAGCACUGGUCCAUGUCAGAAAACAAUAUUCAAUAUUUCUUUACCUGAAACUCCUCUGUUACCGCAUUUUUUAUCGUUCCAUUACUCCUCAUUCUCUAGGGCUUGCACAUCCCCUCUCUCUCAUUCUGCUUCCUCUCUGUGUUACUAUCCGACUUCCUUCUGUUGGAGCCCUGCAUUCGACACGUUCAACACAUGUUCCCACCGGCUUCACAGCGACAUGAACCCUCAAUGAGCGCAAUCAAUAAGAGACAGGUGGGAAUGGCGUGGAAGAAGUGUGCCAGGACACGCACAAACUCCAAUCUGAUCCUGCAUUAAUCCUCAUUACCCGAGGUCAGCCACUGCUGCUUCUGAGGACAUUAGGACUGUAUAAGGUGCCCCACGAACUGCCCAAGCAUCACAAACGGCUUUCAGCCCAGUGUAGCCCCACAAAUAGACAAUCCAGCAUUCAGCAGGCCACAGAUCUGAACAAGAGACUGUGAUUUUGAUGUAUUAUCCAUCCAUUAAAGUUCCGUUAUUUAUUAACAUCGGGACGGCGCGUUGAAAUGAAGCAAACACCAAAGAUUUGUAGCUUCUUUUUUUUUUCUUUUUUUUGCUGCCUGGGUUGUACGUGCCCUACGCUUUAUUAACAGAGAUGACGCACAGCCAGAUUACUGGUUCCCUAUCAUCAACAAAGCAAUUUGUAGCCUUUUUACAAAUUUUUGUUAAAAAUGAUGGAUCAUUUUGUUGCCUUGGUGACUGUAAUUUAUUUUAUUUUUUUUGACGUUGCUGUGACAUUAAUGGGAAGGCACAAUCUCAGCUUACCUCUAACCCGACCGAGCUACAGGAAGGCGAGCAUUAUAUGUUUGUUCUGAAAAGCUUGCGGGGGGGGGGGGGGGGGGGGGGUGUGUGCAGAAGAUAGCACAUCAAAACAGAAUGAAAUGAGCAGCAAGCCAGUAUAGAAGGUCAUUGUGUAACUGUAAUGUCUUGUCAGAAUGAUAGCAAACAUCUUUUUUACAUUUGUUAAACAGACCACAUGUUUUCAGCAUCAGCCUUGUAACCUUGAGUUCACACUGCAAAAACUCAAAAUCUUACUAAGUCUAUUUGUUUUAUUUUUAGUCAAAAUGUCUCAUCCUACUUGAUUUGUGAUAAAUUCACUUAACAAGGGACAUUUCAGCAACAUAGAGGGACUUCUUUUAAUACAGUGCAUCUUAAAGCUGCUGUCCGGAGUUUCCGUUUGUUUUCAAUUUAUGUAUCAUUGUUUAACAAAGCUUAAAUGUGUUAGUCUAGUUCGAUACUAUAAUAUAAAGUUAGUAUAACACGAUAUGAAAAUUUAUUCCUGAGCUCCGCCUUCCUCUCAUAGACCCCCAUGUUAUUCCAAAAAGCGCCGGUUGCUGCCGACCAAUCAAGUUCGAGCUUCAGCUUUGUCAUGCUGUCAAUCAACGGUUACGCGCACAGCAAGCAAGCCCAUGCAGAGGUGGGCGAGCUACGCACUACGCAACCGCGCGCACAUUUGUUUUGCUAGUGAAGGAGAGAGCAUCAGGGCUCAGCAACUUCCAGAAAAGUUACCAAUCCCACGGCUUGUCAGGCCAAGAGACUGCAGGACGUUUUUUGGCUCGGGGUGCUCGCAUCGCUCCCCGACCACGGCCUCCAUAGCCCGCCUGACGGCUUCGUUUAGAUGCCCGACCUCUGGAGGAAGAUGUUGGGGCGUCUGGGACAUACUCUUCGUCAGAGGAGUCAUGCAAUUCUGAACUCUAGAUAGAAAUAAAUGAACAAUCUAACACAUAUACACGCGUAAAUGCACUAAGUUUGAUAAACAACAUCAUCGAGAGGGAUACACGAGUGUAAUCACAUCUUGAAACUUUACUCGUUAGUCCUAGCAGAUUCAUGUUAUUUUGGUAUUAGGACAAGUUAGACUCAAUACAGCAUUCUAACGUAAUUCCUUUAUUAUUUACUAAAUGUACUAAAUGCAGAAGAGGGGAAAACAGCAAAACAGGCCAUAUGCUGCAGCACUCCGGGCACUUCUCUCAUGUACUGCGCGCGUGCACAAAUAAAGGGACGAAAUCAGAGGGAGGGACGGUGGGACCAACAGCGUUUUGGAAGACGCUGCGAUUCAAACUCCGGAAAGCAGCUUUAAGUCAAACAACCUUGAAAUUAUCUAGUUUUGAGUUGAAUUUUACAAGAAAACUCAAAAUACGUUUAACCCUGCUGUUGUCCUGUGGGUCAAAAUUGACCUGUUUUAAAGUUUAAAAAUGUGGGGAAAAAAUACAUGUUUUUACAGUGAAACUUGUGAUGUCCACAUUUUCAACAUUUUUGGGAAAUUCUGAACAUUUUUUUGGUGGAAAAUAGAAAUGUUAAAAAUCAACAACAAAAAACCCUUUUAAUGAUAUAUAUAUAAUCACUUUAGAUAUUUUUAGGAUUUUUUUGGGAAUAUUUUUGCUCUUUUUUGAAAAUAUUUACAAGAAUUUUCUUUCCAAAUUUGCGGGAUUUUUUUAAAAAUAAAACUUUCAAGGAAAAUUUUUAGGGAAUUAUUGGAAUUUUCUUCCUGGAGGUUUUGCAAAUUUUCAGAAAUUUGGGGAUUUUUUUUUGCAGAUUUUUUGGAUUUUUUUCAGACGAGGAAACAAUAUUUUUUGGUGCCUGUAAAUGAGGACAACAGGAAGGUUGACACAUCUCAAAUUAGGAGGUUACAUAAAAGCAAAAAUCUAUUUUUGAGUGAAAAGCUACUAUUUUUUUGUGGCAUGUCUGGCUUGUUUAAGACACCUAAACUUGACAAUCCUGGUUAAAUAUAGCUUAAAAUAAGUUUUCCCAGCUAAUUUUAAGAUCUCAAUAUUCUAAAUAUCACAUCUUAUUUCAAGAAAUCUUACCAAUCCAUUUUUCACUUGUUCUACUGGCAGAUUUUGUCACUUAUUUCAAGGUAAAAGUUCCUUGACAUAAGUUUUUUUCUUGUUUUGAGAGGGUCAUUUUUAUCCAGUGCAGCCGUUGUUUAACUUCAUUCUGGGCACAAUUUGGCUCGUGGCACAAUAGUUGACAAGGAAAGCGUCUCUGUUCAAAAUUCUUUUCAUAAAUCAUUUAUUAAAAUCAGUCACAACUAAGCCUCUGUCACUAAUGCAACCCACUGGCAGCUUCUUAAAACUGAGUGUGUGUGUGUGCGUAUGUGUGCGUGUGGUGUGUUCAUAGGGUUUUGACGAGGCCUAUCUGACACUGAUGCAAUACAAAAUGAAACUUUACAAAGAAUGAACCUUUCACCAGAGGGAUACAGGUGCUCAACUCUGCACAUCAGACUCUGUGAUGGGACUUGAAAAGGCUCUGAGAGUUGACUGUAACAGCGAAGCCCCCCAGCUGGCUCCAUUCAGUCUUUCAGUGCAGGCCUGGAGAUCAGUGACUUGAGGAAGAUUUUGGAGAUGAAAUGAUUGUGACACAGAUGCAUUAUGUUCUAUAGACGUGUAUUUGACUGUAUCUCUCCUGUUCGAUGGUAUAGUGUGUAUUGGGGGGGGGGGGUUUCAGAAGUCAUAUCUGUGAGUAUUUUUCACUUUUUCAACAAGGGAUUUAGUACCCCACAAUCCUUGGAACCAUUCCAUGAUCUGUUUUAAUUUGGUGCUAUAGAUAGUUUUGUAGCAGCAGGUGUCCAUUGUUUGUUUCAAAUGGUGGAUGUGUCGUUUUGCAAGCUAGAAUAAUUUUCUACCGAGAAAAAAGAUAAUUAUAACACAUAUUUCUUUUUAAGUCUGAAGCUCAAGGGCAACCAGUGCUCGUUACUCUGUGAUUUUCUUUUCAGUCAUUUCACCUUCACAAGGACCGAAGGGAUAAAAGUAACAAAAAAAGUAAAUAAAUUAUCAGUUAUUACGAAUAGACGUCUGAAGAAAAAAGAGUGUACGACUUAAGAAUCUUUGUUUCAUGGCAUGCCAGUUCCAUUUGUGUUUUCUAUGAAUACGCAUGUCAGGCCUUGAGAACUCUUUGAGCUGUGUUUUGCUGUUUGUAUACUUGUACAAUAAAGGACUGCAGCUGUGUGAAAUUGUCCAUGAAGAAAACAAAGGAUUCUAAUAUAUCUCGUCUAAGUGUGAUCGUUGGAGCCUGUGUUUGUUGCAGGAACUCUGAGCUGCUUCUCUCGGAUUGAACACAUCACUGGAAACAAAUCAAGGUUUUUGUAUACAAAAAAAAAUCCACCCUGUAAUCAGCAUAUAUCGGACUCGACAUUGUUUCUUAUGAUAUGCAAAUGAACAAUCUUAGAUUAUGCAGCAGCAGAUAUUUAAGUGAGCUAUACCCCAAGUUUAUUUGAAUCUUUUUAUGCUUCAGUGGAUUUGCCUUCAGAUUGCACAGUGAUACUGAGGGAGCUGAAUGUGUGUGCGUGAAUGUAACUCUGUGCUAAGUGUGUGUUAUGCUUCUUUGCAUCAGUUUGUGUUGCGCUCUUGUUUAGGGAGUUUCCAAUAAACGUGUGUAUGCUUAAGACUA